ACCCGACAAAACAAGCGCAGCGAUAGCUGGUUCCGCGGCCGCGAGCUCGAUUCGGAUCGAGGCUAGGGUUUAGGCUUCCGUUGCGAAUCGAGAAGGGGGAAGGGAGGAGGAGGAGCGGCGGCGCGGCGGCGAUGGCGGCGGAGGAGGACAUGGCGGUGAAGGAGCCGCUGGAUCUGAUACGGCUCAGCCUCGACGAGCGCAUCUACGUCAAGCUCCGCUCCGAGCGCGAGCUCCGCGGCAAGCUCCAUGCAUAUGAUCAGCAUCUCAAUAUGAUACUUGGAGAUGUUGAAGAGACAGUGACCACUGUAGAAAUUGAUGAUGAAACUUAUGAGGAAAUCGUUCGCACGAGCAAACGCACUAUCCCCUUCCUUUUUGUCCGAGGAGAUGGUGUAAUACUGGUUUCCCCACCCUUGCGGACGGUGUGAAAGUUGGGGCCGGUGCAUUCCUUCUGCAAUCCUUACGAAAGCUGGUUGGGAAAGUUUUAUCUGGAGAAGCAGGCAGCAGGUUUCUGAGACGCUGCACAUGUUUAGACAGGAUCAUUGUACUCCAACAAUGUCUGUGUAUUUGAAUCUGACUUCCCAGUUUGGUCAACUUAAUCUUAUUCAGUGAUCGGCUCGGGCUGGGUGCAGUACCGCGGACGACAUCAAUUGAUCAAUCGUUCCAGCAAAUUGUGGAUUGACUGGUUGGUGGUGUUCUGGUCCUCUUCAUAAGCACUUGUUUUCUGCUGC